CAGACUCCAUAUCUUGCAAGACUUACGUUAACAUUUAGCCCUCUUCAACUGUAAAGCACAAUAACUUUGUGUGUACUUUAUUUCCUUUAAAGUUAUUUUAUCAUCAUUUUUUUUUUCGAGGAUUAAAAAAAUAACAAUAUCUGCUGCCGUAUACAGCUUCAAGACUCUCUCUCUCUCUCUCGCUUAAGUAGCCCACGAUCAUCUAUUAUUAAGUAAAAGGCCGUACGUUGAAAUGUGGGCUAGAAGGUGCACUUGAAGUAGAUUCGGUUACAAUCGAUCAGUGGGAAGAAUAUUGCUGAUGAUAACAAAGGAAGCGGUCAUGUCAUUUUCACAGUUUGGAUAUCCUUAUAACGCAACUUCACAGUUUUUCGUGUCGGCAAACCCCAGUACGACUUGCUGCGAUUCGAUUUCCAGGUCGGUGUCUGACGCUUCCAGCGGUUCCCAAACUGCAGCCGCAUUUUGCUGCCCUCCUUAUGAGAACCGUCUCUUUGCGAGCACAAGGACGGAGCUUAAUGCGGCUCUCGGCAUGUACGGUUCGCCCUACGCAGCCGCGGCCGCCGCCAGCCAGAACUACGCCAACUACUUCCCGUACAGCACCGACCCCUCCGCUCUCUACUCCACACUGAACCCACAGUAUGACAUCAAGGAUGGCGCUGGCAGUUUACACUCUGGAAUCACUCAAUCUGCUGCAUAUUACCCCUACGAACACUCCCUUGGGCAGUAUCAAUACGACAGGUAUGGCACUAUGGACUUCAAUAACUCAGCCAGGAGAAAAAAUGCCACAAGAGAGACUACCAGCACUCUUAAGACAUGGCUAUACGAGCACCGGAAGAACCCGUACCCCACCAAAGGAGAGAAGAUCAUGCUGGCCAUCAUCACCAAAAUGACCCUCACUCAAGUGUCCACCUGGUUCGCCAAUGCCAGGAGAAGGCUAAAGAAGGAGAACAAGAUGACCUGGUCCCCCAAGAACAAAGCAGGAGAUGAAACAAAGGAUGACAUUGAGAAGAGCAACCAAGACAACAAAGAUCCCAAAGACUGUAAGGAGGGAAAGGAACUUCAGCUGAGUGACUUGGAGGACAUGGAGGAUGACGACUGUGACAAACUGGACAGCGACAGUGACAAGGUCUCUCAUGGAGAGCUGGCCCCUCACCGGUCCAUGGCUGGGGAGCUUCAGAAGGCAGACUGCAACGGCAGGCUCGCCCCCCCUCUCAACAGCUUCCACGCUUUCGCCUGCAAUAACAAGAGUGCGGAGGCACUGGCGUCGGACCUCUUGGACCCCGCGGCAACAAAACCUCCCACGGCCGUCGCGACGGGCACGCUGGCCCUGUCGCACUUCGAGGUGUCCGAAAAACCCCGGAUCUGGUCGCUGGCACGCACCGCCGCCCCCGACGCCGUCCUGGGGGGCUCUCGUCUCGUCGCUCACGGCGAAGACUUUAGGACCGGGAACGCCAACACGGACUGCCGCCUGCAAGCGGCACGGCUCACGGUGGCCAGCAGGGGGCGGUGUGGCGAGCCGAGGCAUUCGCAGGACACCGCGAAUGUCCCCGGUGUGGACAACUCCUUCCAAGAGGAAGGCCCGCGGUCGCAAAACAAGGUCUACGGCUCCUCCAGCUUUUCCCACAAGCCUCUGCAACUGCACUGCUCCUCCUACCCCAUGUUCUCUAACACGUGCCAGUAUUCAUCCACUGAAGGAUUCUCAAAUGGCAGAAAACCUGAACCAGGCCGACCAGCCCUCAGUGACACAUGUCUUACGCAGCAGGAAGACAAGGUCACGACCUUCAGACCAGCCAUGGAAAGGUGAAGCAGGUUGGUGGAGGUACAGCCAAUGACCACCGGGACAUUUCAAACUUUAUGCACUAAGGCCCUGAAAUAGAGUCGAAGUUCCAACCGUUACGAAUUAUGCCGUUU